UUGUCUUUGUGCGACAAAUUAACCGUCCUCAAAACAAAAAACUGUCCAGAAACUGCAGGUUGAGGAAAACUGCUCAUGUCAGGGACCGCUGAGCUCCGAACAACACUAAAUAUUGCUGAGUUUUUAUCGCUAUUUAUUUAUUUUUUUUACAGUUUCUCUGAUUGUAGCCAUUGUUUUGUAGCUAAAUUUCCUGAAUGUUGCGUUUUCGAAUUUCGCGCUAUUUGCUCCGCUUGUAAAGAGAUUAGCCGGCUAACCCGUUAGGUAGCCAUGAUACAGUCACGAUAAGUUAAGUUAAGGGUAUUUUGUCUAAAUGUAUGGUCUGAGUUUUUACAUACGUCGUCACAAUGGAAGUUACGGACAUCGGAAACAAGGAAGAGGGGAAAGUCUGGCAUCGAAAACCAACACCAGGCAAAGGUGUGUUAGUGACGGUGGUCCGCACUGCUCAGCGAGCCAAGAUUGUGCGCUUUCUCCAUGUGACCUUUGACACCACAGGAGAUUCCUUCCUGGCUGGGGACCAUCAUGGCAACAUCUAUGUCUUUGACAUCAGUAGAAACAGAUUUCGUCUGGUGCAGAAGACAGGGCAGGCCUGCACUGCUCUGGCUUUCAGCCUUCGCAGGACCACAGAGUUCCUUGUGGCCCUUGCUGACUACACCAUCAAGUGCUUUGACAAAGACACAAAGCAGCUGGUGAGUUGGAUGCGAGGUCACGAGGGAGCAAUUUCAUCCAUUUCUGUGCACAGUUCAGGCCGCUAUGCUGUCACCACAUCCUCAGACACGGCUCAGCUCUGGGACCUGGACACCUUUCAGAGGAAGAGGAAGCUGAACAUCAGGCAGGCAGUUGGCAUACAGAGGGUGUUUUUUCUGCCUCUCAGUAACACCAUCCUCAGCUGUUUCAGUGAUGACUCUAUCUUUGCUUGGGAGAGCGACACACUAUUCUGCAAAUACCAGCUCCCUGUCCCUGACUGUGGACCCAAAAUUUCCUACAAGUCCUUUGCUGUCACGCGUGAUGGUAAGAGCCUUGUAGCAGGCGGGCGCUCCAACUUGCUUCACUUGUGGUGUCUGGACAGUAAACAGCUUGUAAGGGUGAUUCAGAUGCCCACACAGGUCCGAACUGUCAGACAGCUGGAAUUCCUGCCUGACAGUUUUGACGGAGGAGCCAGCCAGACACUUGGUGUAUUGAGCCAGGAUGGCGUGAUGCGUUUCAUCAACAUUCACACCUGCAAGUUGCUUUUUCACAUGGGUUCCCAUGACGACGCCAUCACCACAGUGGCGGUCAGCCCUAAUGGCAGACAUAUUGUGGCUGUUAUGGAUAAUGGUAGCAUCAAUGUCUACAGUGUCCAGAGUCUCACACAGGAAUUAAACAAGCCUCCUCCCUCCCAGGUGGCAGUCAUCUCAGGAGGUGAAGCUAAUCAGGACUUGUCAAACCUGAAGGUCAAGGUCAGAUCAGAGGUAGUUCAGAGACCGGCCAAGAGUUCAGGCAGGCGGACUCAAGUGAAGAUACUUAGACCUCCUCCUGGGUCUGCAGCUGAGGAUAAAGAGAAUGAGCUACCAGCUGGUCUGAAUAAGAAGAGACUGGUGGCCCUGCUGAAGGCGUUUGGAGAAUAUCCUACUAAGUACAGGAUGUUUGUGUGGCGGUCUUUGCUGUGUCUCCCAGAGAACUAUGCGGCAUACAGCAGUCUGAGUGAUAAAGGCCUGCACUCAGCCUAUGCCACUCUGAAUGAUAAGUACCCCAUCAAAAGUCACAAGCUACAGAGGGGGCUGCAGAGGGUCCUGUCUGCAUUGGCUCACUGGGCAGCCAUCUUUGGAGAGGUGGAGUACCUUCCCUUGGUGGCCUUCCCUUUUGUCAAGCUCUUCCCGAACAAUCCUAUGCUCUGCUUUGAGGUGGUGGCCACUGUCAUAGUGAACUGGUGUGAGCACUGGUUCGAGUACUUCCCCAACCCUCCUCUGAACAUCCUGAACAUGGCAGAGAACGUUCUGGCUCAUCAUGACAAGGAGCUGCUGCAGCACCUGGUGGACUGUGGCAUCACUUCACAGCUAUAUGUGUGGCCACUGCUGGAGACCUUGUUCUCAGAGGUUUUGACUCGUGACGAGUGGCUCCGACUCUUCGACAACAUUUUCUCCAACCAUCCAUCAUUCCUGAUCAUGGCCUGUGUGGCCUACGUCACCUGCUGCCGUGAGCCUUUGCUGCUGUGCUCCCAGAAACAGGACUUUGAGUACUUUUUUCACCAUCGUAACAACCUGGACGUGGGAGCCAUGAUAAAGGAGGCCUACCGGCUGAUGAGCAACACACCAGAUGACAUCCAUCCCACCGCUAUGUUGUCUGACUUUACAGCACUGACCAAGGGCCAGUACCCUGUGUUCAACCACUACCCAGAAUUCAUAGUGGAAUAUCAAAGCCGGGAGAGGGAGAAGAUAAGAUUGCAGGAGAUGGAGUAUCUCCGCGAGAGGCAGGAGGUAACAGCGCUUCGUGCAGAUUUUGUGCGUCGCCAGGCUGAAGAGGAGGCCUAUUACACUCAACAGGAGCUGCUGCAGAGGGCAGAGGAGCAGCGCAGAAACAUCCUGGCACAAGAAGAGGAGAAACUGACACAGCAGAGGGCAAAGUUAGCAGCCAUGAAGAGAGAGCUGAAGGUGAAGGAGUUACAGUUGCUGGAUGCAGCUAGAAGACGCUUUCUCAGACACCAACAGGACCUGAGAGCCUCUCAGAUACAAAGGCUAGACCAGGAGAUCAGUAGAAAGAUGGAUCUGCGAGAGCGAGAAACAGCCGCAGCAGUCCAGGAUCUGGAGGUCAGACAGAUGGAGCUGGAGGCUCAGAGGAGACGACUUGAACAGCAUUUGUGGAAGGAGCAGGAGCACAUGGGCCGGGAGGUUGAGGAGGAAGUGGAGUUGAGGAUGAGAGAGGCAGAAAGAGAGGAGGACAACUACACAGAGCUGGUGCACAGCACAGAGACAAACCUGCAGGCCCUGGAGGAGUCCCUGGCGGAAGCGUGCCAGCUGGGCUUGGAGUCGGACUGGCAGAGAGAGGUGGCAGAGUGCCUACAGCAGGUCAACGCCCAACAGGAGAGGAAGAGGGAGAGACUGGCAGAGCUUCACAGGCAAACCCUGGCAGAGGAGGAGAGAUUGGCUGACACCAUGAGAGAUGUAGCAGGAAGGAAGUGGGAUGAAGUGAUGAGUGCCAGAGACCAGGAGCAGCGACAGCCCUUGUCUUCAGCAGACACAGAUGGCCAGAGAAAGGUGAGGAUGAUGUCACCAGGUUUGAUCAGAGGACUUCCUCAUAGACCCAGUGCCACCCCUGCUAUUUAUGUUGGAUCCCACAAUACUGGUCCAGCAACC